CAUUCCAAUUUCCAAUUCAGAUCUCAUAUAAGAAGAAUGACGGCUUUUGGUGCUGUGUGUUCUCUCAAGAAUACACUUGAAGAUAUUGACAGGUGUCCUCGUUAUAGCCUUGUUGGUCGGUCUGAAGAAAUCUUAGAAGUCGUGUACAGGGAGUUGGUGCCUUGGGGCGAUAUUCUAUUAAGAUUGAACCACACCAGUCCAAGCAGGAGCAGGAAGAAUGUGAAUGCUUUGGAUGGAAUCAUCAAAGACGCAAUUUGGAAAUUCGAAGACUCAUUGGAAUCCCUUCUCACACAACAGAUUCCUUCACAGCUUGAAAAGACAGCCUCCAUUGAUCUGCAGAGUCUGCAAAAGGAUGCUUAUUCCUUGAUCCAGAAUCUCUAUGAUAUGAAGGAGUAUUACAUCUAUCAAGUAGAGAAUAUGCCUCAAGACGAACCUGUUUCCUCAAAAUUCGGCUUUCAUGGAACCAACUCUAAGAUGAUUGGAUUAUCCGACCAAUUCCAAAAAAUCAAAACCCGUCUUAUGAAAAUUGAUGCCAACUUUGGUCGUGUCUACUCAUUUUAUGGAAUGGCCGGCAUUGGAAAGACGACUCUCGCAAGGCAAAUUUAUCAAGAUGCAGAUAUUCAGAGCAUAUAUGAGUGCCGCGCUUGGGUCACCGUAGGCAGAGUACCUCAACCCAUCACUCAAAUUUUACAAGGCAUCAAUGCUCAACUCUCUGGAAUAGCUCUAACUGACUUGUUUCCAAAAAAAAUAGAUGGAAAGCAUUGCCUCGUUGUGCUGGAUGAUGUCUGGGAUGAUCUAGUAUUGUCUGCCUUGGUAGGUUCCUUACCAAACACUGAAAAUGGAUGUACACAUGUCUUGGUUACUUACCGACAUAGAAUGCUGAUGAGUGAUACAUUGGCCGUGUUUCCUGGUAACGGCUGUGAGGUGCGGUUUUUGAACGAAAAAGAAAGUACAGAUCUAUUAUGUGACAAGGUGUUUGGUGAUGAGGGCUGCCCUCCUCAACUUCACAAAGCUGCCAUUAAAAUCGCUAAGCUUUGUGAAGGUCUCCCUCUCAUGAUAGUCACCAUUGCUGACUUCCUAUCGAAAUCCGAGCAUAUCAGAGACCUUGUCUACUGGAAAGAAGUUGCAGAAAGGAGAAAUUCAGUGUUCACAGAUGCAUAUAAUGAAAUAUCAAAGGUACUUUUCCCAAGUUACAACUACUUACCUGAGCAUCUUAAAAUGCCUUUUCUAUUUAUGGGAGUUUUCCCUCAAGAUAAUGCCACACCCCUUUCCAAGAUCAUCAUUAUGCUAACUGCUGAGGGCUUGUGGUAUGAUACGGAAUGUUUGAGAACUCUAUCUAUUUCUUACAAUCUUGUUUUGCACAUCUUGAAGAGCGUAGAUAAAACUACUUCGCCUCAUAUUCUUGUUGAUGACUUCAAAAAUUUCCGCCUUCAUUCUUCGUGGCGACACGUGUGCAGAGUAGAAGCUAGUAAGAACAAGUUAUAUCAUGUCUUAAAUAAGUUAACCGAUGACGAAGGUCUAAAAGAUCAGCGAGGCUUGUGUUUAGAAAAUAACAUUCUAUUUGGCAUCAAAGAGUUUCGCAACUCGGUGACAUUGGAUUGUGCAUCCUCUUCACGCUCUCUCCUUUUCUAUGGUCCUUACCAACAAUAUCCAGUCUGUAUAGAUGUCGGUUUUAGAUUGUUAAGAGAAAUAGAUGCUCUUACACAACGUUUCUACACUUUCCCAGUAGAAAUUUUGUCACUAGUUCAACUAAAGUACCUUGCUCUAACUUGCAAUGGAGAACUCCCUGCCACUAUAUCCAAACUUUUCAACCUUCGAGCCUUGAUUAUCCAUCCACAUUUGAAAAUUAGACGUUGUAGAGCUCCAUCAUAUAUACCAAUACAAAUAUGGGAUAUGCAAGACUUAGAGCAUAUUGAGAUAUUGGGAAAGAGCCUUGUAGCUCCAUCUCAUGUUGCUUCUUUGGAAAAGCUCUCAACACUUGUAGGUGUGAAUGCUAGCAUUUGCAGUGUGUCGGAACUCUCCAAAAGAAUUCCCAAUAUAAAGAAAUUUGGAGUAGAGAUUGAGUUGACACCUUAUGAUGAUCAUAACGACCUUUUGUGUUACUUUGAUUACAUUGCAACACUUGGAAGUUUGGAGACACUUAAAUUCAGUAUCACAAAUCCUGUGAUUAAGCGCGGUCAUGUUGUCCCAGUGAGUCCUAGAUGGUUGACGUUUCCACGUAAUUUGAGAAAGUUACAUUUGAGCGGCAUGGGGUUUCCCUGGAAAUAUUUGGACGUCGUUGGCUAUUUGCCAAGUCUUAUAGUGCUGAAAUUGCGAUCCUAUGCCUUCCAAGGUUCACACUGGAAAACAAAAAGGUAUAGUUUUAAGACGCUUGAGUUUCUUCUAAUUGAAGAAAGUGAUUUGGUGCAAUGGAAACCAGGAUUCCAAAGCUUCCCUAUGCUUAAAUAUCUAAGCAUGAAACAUUGCUACAAACUAGAAGAGAUCCACAGGCCUCAUUGUCUGAACGAACCCGGAUCUAGUGUGGAGAUUGAAUUAGUGGACUGCAAUCCUUUAGCUUUGACUUGGGCCAGGCAACUACAACUGGGAUUUGAUGUUAGGCUUCGUGUUGUUGCCUCUUCUUCAUUUUAUGAGAAAGUGAAAACUAUCAAAAUUCAAAGGCGUGGAGACACUGUACUCAACUUGGAAAGCGACGAGGAAGAGAAUGAUGAUGAAGAAAAUGCCAAUUGGGAAGAGAAUGAUGAUGAAGAAAAUGCCAAUUGGGAAGAGGAUGAGAUUGGUAUAUGUGAGUUCCUUAAGGCUUUUGAUCAGCUGCUAGGAAGUGAGACAGGUGAAGAAAGUGUUGAAUCCAAUUUUGAUUUGCAGGUUGAGCUCCUUAAGGAUUUUGAUCAGCUGCUAGGAAGUGAGACACCUGAUGAUGAUGAUACUAUGAAUUUUUUCAAGGAAUUCUAUGAUGCUUUGAUUUCCAAAGAAUGAAUCACCAUUGUUCGAUUUUUGAGUUGUCACGUCACCUAAAUACGGGAUGCAAUCCACUUUUGAUUGCAGGAGAGCUAUUUGAGGCUUGAAUCUGCUGCUGCAGUGUGAUACACAUGUAAAAUCCAAGUACGAAUUUUAACGAUGAAUUUAACAACAUCUGCAAUGAUUUAUGGUUUGAUUUGCAAUAAAUGAUUUCAUCAAUGUUGUAUUAUUGGUAUGUCACCUGAAUUUUAGAAUUGUAACUUAUACAUUGGAUUCUUUUGAGGAUUAUAAAUUCAGUGGAUUAUGUAUGG